AUGUCCACUCCGUACGAGGCCCGCAACGUCGGCGACGGCAAAUCCAAGAAGCAGAGCAUGGCCGAGCUCAAGCUGCGGCGGUUGACGGAGCUCAACACCAGGCUGAAGGAGGACCUCAACCGUUCCAGGAUACCCGUCUCCGAGGCCGCGCAAGAUUUGAUCAACUUCACCGACAAGGAGCCCAAGGACUUCAUGGUACCAUCGAGAUGGGGCACGGUCGACAAGCGCGACGACCCCUACGCGCCACAGCAAUCCAACGGCUGCUGCAUCGUCAUGUAG